AUGAUGUAUGCACCAGCUCAAUUUACAAAAGCUGAUGAUUACCCUCCAGUUGAAUUUCAAAGAAGACAGCAAUUUUGGGACCCUAUUCGACUAGCUCUUUUCAUAUUGGUAAUUGUAGCAAUUAUAGGAAUUACGAUUGGUAUUGUUAGUCAUUACGUUGUUGAGGAUGACAAGUCAUUUUAUUACCUUGUCUCUUUUCAAGUCACAAACGUAAAAUACAGAGAAAAUUAUGGAAUAAAAACCUCAAAAGAGUUUACACAAAGGAGUCAUCAGAUUGAGAGAGUGAUGUCUAGGAUAUUUCGACGUUCUUCUGGAGCAGGUCGGUUUAUCAAAUCUCAUGUUAUCAAAAUAAGUCCAGAUGAAAAUGGUGUGAACAUUCUUAUGGUGCUCAUGUUUCGAUACCCAUCUACUAGUAGUACUGAAUACAUCAGGAAAAGAAUUGAGAAGAUUUUAUAUCAAAAUAUGAAGACAAAAGAUAUGCCUUUGACUAUAAACAAACCAUCAGUUACACUCACAUCUAUUGACAGCAAAAAGAUGAGGAAUCUUCUCAAUAGCCGCUGUGGAAUUAGGAUGACAUCUUCAAACAUGCCGUUACCAGCAUACACUUCUACGGAAAGGAUUGUCCAAGGAAGGGAAACAGCUAUGGAAGGGGAAUGGCCAUGGCAGGCCAGCCUCCAGCUCAAAGGGGCAGGCCAUCAGUGUGGAGCCAGCCUCAUCAGUAACACGUGGCUGCUCACAGCUGCUCACUGCUUCCGCAAAAAUAGAGACCCACAUCAAUGGAUUGCUACUUUUGGUACAACUAUUAAGCCACCCGCAGUGGAACGAAAUGUGGGGAAAAUCAUCCUUCAUGAAAAUUAUCAUAAAGAAACAAAUGAAAAUGACAUUGCCUUGGCUCAGCUUACCACCCGAGUUGAGUUUUCAAAUGUAGUCCAGAGAGUUUGCCUCCCAGAUUCAUCUAUAAAGUUGCCACCUAAAACAAGUGUAUUUGUCACAGGGUUUGGAUCCAUAGUAGAUGAUGGACCCACACAAAAUAAACUUCGGCAAGCCAGGGUGGAAACCAUAAGCAGUAAUGUAUGUAACAGAAAGGAUGUAUAUGAUGGUAUGAUCACUUCAGGAAUGUUAUGUGCUGGAUUCAUGGAAGGAAAAGUAGAUGCAUGUAAAGGUGAUUCUGGUGGGCCUCUGGUUUAUGAUAAUCAUGACAUCUGGUACCUUAUUGGUAUAGUAAGUUGGGGACAAUCAUGUGCUCUUCCUAAAAAACCUGGGGUCUACACGAGAGUGACUCAGUAUCGAAACUGGAUUGCCUCAAAGACUGGUAUCUAG